GACUAGCGUCUUGGAACCUGCAGUUUUUUUUCAUCUAAUUUGAUUAAUGAUUGUUUGCCAAUAAGCCUAGAAGUAAGUAGCAGUAUUUUCUGUUAUGUUUUAUCUGAAAAAGUUUAAAAUCAAACGUAAACCAGCCUUUGAUUUGCUUAACGCAACCUAAUCGCAAGAGUAAAUUGAAGUAAAACCCAGUUGAUAGAGUUUUUAGUUAAAAUUAAGUUGGGCAACAGUAAGCCAAUAGAUAAGAUUAGAUAAAGCUGCAGCUUGGCAAUUAUAUGGGGAUUAAGUAUGCUUGAAUAGACUAUACAUGUGUUGAUUGUUCUUAAGGAUAAAUCCGCGGUUGGAAUACGGCAAAUAAUUCCUAUCAAUUACAAUGAAACGGAAUCUAGACAGUUUUAUCUCAGUGAUAGUGAUUGAUUUUUCUCUUCAAGUCUAGAAGGCAGUUUAGGUUUUUCAGUGAUUUGGAUUUGUCAGCAUCUAUGCAGGAAAGCAGCUGAGAUAAAACGUUGAUUUGGACACCACUGGGAGAGAAAACCUUGCUCUAACUCCCGAAGAAGAUGCAUUUGAGUGGGAAAAUUGUGUGACUUUUGACUCAACUCCAAACUAUCGGUAGCGCUGUUGAAUUCAACUGUUAGAAACUGAUCAAAGACUGAACCCAGCCUCCGAGAUGGAACACGCUCAACUAAUCGAGGAAAUGCCCCGCAUCGAACAGAUGCCUACCCAAGACAGGCUGAUACUGGCAAGGAAAAGACGCAGCCAGCAGCUGAAGCAAUGGAUACACAAGGAUAAGGAGCAUGGCCGCAAGACCAAACCAACCAAGAGCAAUAAGCGGGGCAUAGUGUUCGAUGACAGUGUAGUGUUGUUGGAAGCAGCCGCUCGAAAUGAUAUAGACGAAGUAAGAAGACUACUUAUGAAAGGGGUGAGUCCGGAUUCAUGCAACGAAGACGGACUGACCGCCCUACAUCAAUGUUGCAUAGACGAUAACGAGCCAAUGCUGUCCCUGCUUCUGGAAUAUGGCGCAAAUGUAAAUGCUGAGGAUAGCGAAAAGUGGACACCCCUACAUGCAGCAGCCACUUGUGGGCAUUUGCGGCUGGUCAGGAUAUUGAUCGCGCGAGGUGCCAACUUAUUGGCAGUGAACGCCGAUGGAAACAUGCCGUAUGAUAUCUGCGAAGAUGAACAAGCCCUGGAUUAUAUUGAGAGCGAAAUGGCGAAAAACGGGGUAACUCAGCAGCUGAUCGACGAAACUCGCGGCAGCACUGAACGGAAAAUGCUCUCCGAUAUGACGAGUUUGGCGCAACGGGGCGAAAGCCUCGAGCAGUACGAUUCUCAAGGAGCCACGCCUCUUCACAUUGCUGCAGCCAACGGAUACAUAUCGGUAGUGGAUUUUCUGCUAGAGCACGGAGUGCGAACGGAUGUUAAGGAUAAAGACGAAUGGCAGCCUUCGCAUGCAGCCGCUUGUUGGGGGCAUAUUGAUGUUCUGGAACUUUUGGCGCAGGCAGGAGCCAAUCUGAACGCCCGAAAUAAAAACGACGAGACCCCAUCAGAUAUAUGCGAAGACCCGGAUAUUAAGGAGCGAAUUCUAGAGCUGCGAACUGAGCAAGAAACCAAGCGGCAAGCGGAGGCGAAGAGAAAAGUGCGCCGGUCGCAAAGCAACACCCGAACCCAAUCCGUCCGAAGAACGUCGCUCAGGGACAAAGGGUUGACUGCUCGAAGGGAUGCAGUUGAAGAAGCGCGGUUUCGGUUGCAAGCUGGAAGCACUAAUAAUGGAUUGGAUACUGCCGAUACUUUGCCGCCCACUAACCCAAUUACGCCCAGAUUAAGCAAUGGCUCCAAUAAUAACAACAUUGAUUAUUCGAUUACCAAUAACAACAAUAGCAAGCCAAGAACUGAACUGGAUUCCAACUCAGGUGCAAUAGCAACUAUAGACCGAAGAGAUCCAGAAGGCAGAGACAACGAGUCAAUUCCAGACGAGAAUAUUCUGGAUACCAAGGAGAAAACGUACACGACUGAUGUCAAUGGAAAGGUGACGGUUCACGUGGUAGUAACCAUAAACGGCAAUGGCACAUUAGCCGAUUUGAAGAAGCAAAGAAUGCAAAUCCGGAACAGUAGCAACGAUGUGAGCUUCAGUAACGAUAUCAGUGUGGUGUCGCCUGGAGGCAGCAUAGACGAAACAGAGUCGACCAUCACGGCCAGCGGCCAUCCUUUAGAAAUAAUUCGUUUUACUGGCGACACCACGCAGGAGAACAUGGAAUAUGCUAAGACGAAACGAUGUUGUGUUAUACAGUAACAAGACAUAUUGGUUCCAUUUGCCACCAGGCAUAUCUGGCUGAAAUGCGGAAAAUAUAUCAGCAAAAAUGCGCCGAUCGCGUUGCCGAAGUACAAACUGCCAGGUUUACAUCCAGGGUGAUCUAAUGCGCUAUUUACCUUCCCGAGCAAACAAGGUUGUGCAUGUACAGCUACUUUUAAACCGUAUUUUAUCCGAAACAUGUUCGUCCGUUUCAAGUAUCAUCUAAUUCCGGGUCUUUAUUGCUAAUAGUCAGCAUGCAUAGGGCGUUUUUAUACGCCCCGUAUAAAAAAUGUGCAGCGAUUUCGCUCCAUAUAAAUUCAAAAAAAAUCGAUUUUUUCUUAUUCUUGGCAUUUCUUCACUCAAACUCCAUAUAAGGAUUUAUUGCUUAGAACAGUCGUUCGAGUCCAACACCGGUCCACAACUGAAAAUAUUCACUUUCAUUAACUAAAUCAUCAGUUUACAUCAAAUUAACACUUGCUAAUGUGCAAUUUGCGUCAUUUCAGCAUACUUUUUCUAGUUGUGUUGGAUUUUGUUACAUUUCCUUAUUUUUUGUGUAUUCUUAUUGAGUUAAAAUGUUGCAAAACGCCCUGCAUUUCACAUUUUUUAAAGCUGGUCUGGUAAACGACUGUCUGCUGCUCAAGAAGAUAUGAGUGAAACCGCCGCAACUGGUCGAUUCUGUUCUAUUUCAAAUUGUCCCACUCAUAUUUUCUCCUGUACAUUAUUAUGAUUUUCUUGCAGUUUGCCACAUUCUCAUUAAUUUAUGUUUUAACCAUUUGUGAUAGUUUCGCUGUCCGUCCACUACCAGCCGAUUAGGGCGCAAUUUUCUCAUAUGUACAUAGUCACUCAUACUCUUUUACAUUUUAAGAUGUACAGAAUGUUUAUGUAUGUUAUGUUACCUAGAAGAACUGUUUACGGUACAUUCCGAAAUAUGUGAUAGAAUUUAUUUUAUUUAAGUACUUAAUUGAAGCUUAAUAGCAGUGAGGUGGUUAAAAAAUUAGUGUAAGGUCAUACUAGUGCCUCAAAUAGAUAAAGCAAUAUUUAUUUACAAAAGUUCGAAAAAGGCGCCUUUUGAGGCUUCAAGGAAACAUCAAAAACUUUGCACUUUUUUAAGCAAGAAAUUAUUAAAGACAUGAAUUUCCACUGAUGUUAUCUUGAAAGAUAUAUCUUUUUCACUUUGAAUUCCAGUAUUACGUUUUUGUUGAUUGUAAAAUUGUCGAUAGCUGAUAAGUUUAUGAUAUACCCGUUCUGUAUUAUAUUUUUAUUCGAUCGGAACAUUUCCGUUGAAAGUAAUUAUUUUCGUUCCUUUAUUUAUAGAUAUUUCGUUUACUAUUAAUGCCAUUAAUGUUAAUUUUCAGUCCUCGAAAAUGCAGUGUCUUGCGGCGGUUACAAAUUAGAAAAACGCGCCCGAUCAAAAUCGGUCGAACAAUAGUUAAGCGGUGAUUUUCUUCGUAGUUAAAUUGAAUUUUUGUUGUUCCUGAUCAUGUAGCCCUGUAAUAAACAAUUUAGUUCCAACUGA